AGCCGCUUUGAAACCAAGAAGGAGACGCUUAAGGCGCCUUAGAAGAUCCUUCAUGGCUGCUAGAGGGACGCGAUGAAACACGGUCUAAAUAAGAAAUAGAAAUUAAUGCACGGGUUUCGUGGGCCAUCGGUUCGGUUGGACUCUGCUCCGGUUCUUCUUCUUUGUGUUUAACGUGUUCACGCCAGCAUGGCUCCGUACAGUUUGGUAACUGCAGCUGUUAGCUUGUUGGGGAGGUCGUUCAGCGUCUUCUCCCACUCAGCAGCCCCGUUCAGGGCUACGAGCAUCUUCUCCUCUGUUAGCAUCAGCCCAGUGAAGUGUCUGACAUCUCAGACCAGCGGACCCCCGAAGAGACCACUUAACGGAUAUAUGAGAUAUGUUCAGCAACAGAAACCAGUCGUGAUGAGACAAAGCCCAGAACUCAAAUCGGUGGAUAUGAUCCGGAAAAUCGCCCAGCAGUGGAGAACAAUGACUCCAGAGCAGAAGCAGCCUUUUCAGGACGCCUCUCUCCAGGCCAGGGAGCAGUUCAAGGUGGACCUCCAGAGAUACCAGGCCCAGCUGACUCCAGCUCAGCUCCAGCAGCAGGCCGUGGAGAAAAAGCAGAGGUUGGCCAAGAGGAAGGCCAUCAGAAAGAAGAGGGAGCUGACCACUUUGGGGAAACCCAAACGUCCUCGUUCUGCUUUUAACAUCUUCAUGUCGGAGCACUUUGAAGAGGCCAGAGGAGCCACCACCCAGGCUAAAUUGAAGUCUCUGUUGGAGGACUGGAGGAAUCUGUUCAGCCAUCAGAAACAGGUCUACACACAGCUGGCCGAGGACGACAAAAUCCGCUACAAGAAUGAAAUUAAGUCCUGGGAGGACCACAUGGUGGAGAUCGGACGAGAAGACCUGGUUCGAGAACAGACACUGUCCACCAAGAACAUACCUCGAGUUAAAACCAAGGGAGCCAGGAAGCAAACCAAGAAGACGGCGAAGAAAACUGCAGCCGCGAGAAAGUCCAAAACGAAGAGCAAAUCCACAACAAGCAGCUUCGUAACAUCAGUCCUGAAAGGCUCCACCAGCAAGAAGAAGAAAUAAGUUCCUGCACACACCCCUCUAUUAGCUUUACUUUGUAGUUUGUUUUUUAUGUCCAGCUCAGUAACCUCCCACAGUGUUAACCUCAUUUCAUAGUGUGAAUGUUCAUGAUAAAUAAACACAAGAAAGAUUUUUACAA